AUGGCCGACGCUACUAUCAAGGGUCUCCCCCCUCCCCCCGUCUCCUACGACGGCUCCAACUUCCGCAUCGCCAUCGUCCACGCCCGUUGGAAUGACGCCGUCAUCAAGGCUCUCCUCGAGGGCACCAUCUCCAAGCUCAAAGCCCAAGGUGUCAAGGAGGAGAACAUUGUGGUGAAGAGUGUCCCGGGGAGCUACGAGCUUCCUUUCGCCUGCAAAAAAUUGAUCGAAGCCGGCAAGACCCAAUCCGCCAAUGCCGCUCCUUCCAUGCUCGCUUCCACCACCAACCUCCUCUCGCUCGUCGACUCUUCCUCUCCCACCACCCCCCAGUCUACCACCCCUGCCCCUGCUGCGGGUACCGCCUCCACCGCACCCUUUGACGCUGUCAUUGCUAUCGGCUGUCUUAUCAAGGGUUCUACGAUGCACUUUGAGUACAUCUGUGAAGCGGUCACCCAGGGCUUGAUGAGAGUGCAGCUGGACAGCGGGACCCCAGUGGUAUUCGGUGUCUUGACUGUGCUGAAUGAUGAGCAGGCGUUGGUCAGGGCUGGUGCUGGAACAAAGGGUGACAAGGGACAUAACCACGGAGAAGACUGGGGUCUUGCUGCUGUGGAGCUUGCUUCGCAGUGCAAGAACUGGGAGAAGGGUGUCCUGUAG